AUGGGUGAUGAAGAUGAAUGUGCACGUGUUUUCAAGCGGUUUGAUGUGAACGGCGAUGGUAAGAUCUCGUUGUCGGAGUUUGCAGAGGCUCUAAAACUGUUGGGAUUAACUUCACAGGAAGAAGUUGAACGUCGAAUGGAAGAGAUUGAUACAGAUGGUGAUGGUUCUAUCACGUUGGAAGAGUUGAUUGAAUUUCGUGAUGCAAACCCUAACUUGAUGAACGAAGUUUUGAAGAAACUCUAA